CACCACCGACCGCGUUCUCUCUGUUUCCAGGAGUAUAACUGCCUCUUUCCCCGCACGCAACCGGCUCGUUACUGCACUGAACAUCCUCUGGCAGCAGCGAUCAAUUUGUGCGGGUCUUAUUAAAGAGUAUUGAAAACGACGAGGCUCAGAACGAGGCUGAAGCAUCUUUAAGAGCGCGCGCAUCUCUCUGAGCGCGCGAGCAACAUAUGUGCUGCCUCUGAAGACUCGCAACAGCAUCUCAGUGUCUGAAAAACCACCGAAUACACGUUUUAAAACGAAAACUUUCACGGAAUAUUUUCGAGCAUUUGAAGCGGAUUUCCUGUCAUCGAUACUGAGCAAAACUAAUAGUUUUGGAGAUAUUUAAAGGACGGAAUACGAAGUGAACGCUGCGUUCCGAGGGGAAUCACAUACACGCUCCUUCAGUUACACGGUUGUUCUUUGCGGACGGAAGUUUCUGAGUUUCCUCACGGAACAAAAUGGGCAUAACUGGUUAUUUUGAGCUGCAGUGGAAAUGCCUGGUUGUUGUGGCUCUAAGACUGCUGUUCCUUGUGCCCGCAGGAGUGCCAGCGAGAAGCGGAGACUCUUAUUUAAAGGACAACAUCACUGUCAGACAGGGAGACAGUGCAGUCUUGAAGUGCAGUGUGGACAACAAAGUAUCACGGGUGGCAUGGCUCAACCGGACCACCAUCCUCUUCACAGGCAAUGAGAAAUGGUCAUUGGACCCCCGGGUGGUUCUGCUGAACACAGCAGUCAACGAAUACAGUAUAAAGAUCUUAAAUGUGAACUUGUACGACGAGGGCCCGUAUGUGUGUUCCAUCCUCACGAACAAGAAACCGGAGUCGACCAAAGUGCACCUCAUCGUACAAGUUCCUGCCAGGAUUGUAAACGUUUCCACCGAUGUUUCAGUGAACGAGGGCAGUAACGUAAGCCUCAUGUGUCUGGCCAUCGGACGACCCGAACCCUCCAUUUUGUGGAAAUUUCGUUCUUCAAAAGGGAACCGUAUCGUGACGGAGGGCGAAUAUGUGGAAAUGACAGCAAUCACUAAAGACAUGUCAGGCUCAUAUGACUGCAUCACAUCCAAUGACAUCUCACCUCCAGACGUCAGGACUGUCCAGGUCACUGUAAACUAUCCGCCUGUCAUUUCGAGAGCUCGCAGCACAGGAACGGCCGUUGGACAGAAAGGAGUGCUGUGGUGCGAGGCGUCUGCCGUUCCUCUCGCUGAUUUUCAGUGGUUUAAAGGGGAGCGCAGAAUCCUCAACGGACUCAACGGGGUCAAGAUCGAAAACAAGGGGAAACAGUCCAUGCUAACGUUCUUCAACGUCUCUGAGGAGGAUUACGGCAACUACACCUGCGUGGCCAUCAACAAACUGGGAAUAACAAAUGCCAGCAUCAUUCUGUACGGCCCCGGAGCGAUACACGAUUUGAACAACGCAGCCUUAUCGCCAACCUGCUCGCUCUUGCUUCUAACUCUGCUUUUAACCCUGUCGCUCCUCAGCAAGUUUUGAUGCUAAAGCAGCGUUUCCGCUCGUCCGUAAAACACACACACAGACUCAAAGUCCCACACACCGAGAGCAGGAGAGAGUACUUGAUCAGCUAUUAUUAUUAUCGCUUAUCAUUUUGCCUUAUGUUUUAUUUCUGAAGGCACAUGUCAGUGUGGGUUUCUGGGUCUGUAAUGAGAUGCUUUGGGGUUUAACAGUGUUUUGAAACAGUGAACUGGACUGUGAAUGGAGUGGAGUUUGUUAGCUGGGUAGAAAUUAUAAUAAUAAUAAUAGAACCACUAUAUGUGUCUCUCCAACCUUUUGUAUGUGAAAAGAGAAGCAAAAAUUCAUGUAAUCGUGAAUAACUGGAUGGUUUUUUUGCUCAGUAUUGAACAGUGUGAAUUGAGGUUACUGGUGUGUCCUGUUUUCCUGUAAAAUAACAUGAGUUUCUUUUUUUCUUUCUUUCUUUUAAAGAAUCGAUGAAAAUGACAAACAGCAAAAAAGAAACAAACGUAAAACCUUUGAAGAAAAAAAAAAAAAAAGCUUCAGUACCUCCAGAAAGUAUUUGAAUAUGGAAUCCACACUUAUAUAUGUUGGAAUCUCAUUAAACUAAAUGGCAUUAACAGGGAAAAGUCCAUAUUCUCACCGGCCACUUUAUUAGGUAUACCUGUCCAACUGCUUGUUAACGCAAAAUUUUAAUUAGCCAAUCACAUGACAGCAACUCAAUGCAUUUAGGCAUGUAAACAGGGUCAAGACGAUCUGCUGCAGUUCAAACCGAUCAUCAGAAUGGGGAAGAAAGGUGAUUUAAGUGACUUUGAACGUGGCAUGAAAUACUCAGAUGGGGUGGUCUGAGAAUUUCUGAAACUACUAAUCUACUGGGAUUUUCAUGCUCAACCAUCUCUAGGGUUUACAGAGAAUGGUCUGAAAAAGAGAAAAUAUCCAGUCAGUGGUAAUUCUGUGGGCGCAGAUGCCUUGUUGAUGUCAGAGGAGAAUUGCCAGACUUGUUUGAGCUGAUAGACAGCAACAGAAAUUGAGUAAUUUGUAGUAAAUAACCACUUGUUACAUCCUAGUUAUGCAGAAGAGCAUCUCUGAAUGCACAACGUGUCCAACCUUAAGGCAGAUGGACUACAGCAGCAGAAGACCACACCGGUUGCCACUCCUGUCGGCUAAGAACAGGAAACUGAGGCUACAAUUUGCACAGCCUCACUAAAAUUGGACAAUAGAAGAUUGUAAAAUAGUUGCUUGGUACAAUAAGUCUCGAUUUGAUUCUGCGACAUUCGGUAGGGUCAGAAUUUGGCGUCAACAACAGGAAAGCAUAUCAAUGAUUCAGGCUGGUGGUGGUGUAAGGGUGUGGGGGAUAUUUUUUUGGCACGCUUUUGGGCCCAUUAGUACCAAUCGAGCAUUGUUUCAAUGCCACAGCCUACCUGAGUAUUGUUGCUGACCAUGUCCGUCCCUUUAUGAUCACAGUGUACCAAUGUUCUGAUGACUACUUCCAG